UCCGGACGCGAGAAUGGCGGCUGAGGCCGGCGCCGUUGCAGCCCUGGACGCGGCAGAGAAGGCCCGGGGAAAGUACGCUGCGCUAUCCUUCGCCACCAUCGCCAUCGUGGUGGGGCUGCCGCUUUGGUGGAAGACAACGGAGACGUACCGUGCCUCGCUGCCCUACUCGGAGAUCGCCGAGCUGGACACGCUCCUGUUCCAGCUGACGGUGCCCGUCACGGUGGUCUUUGCCAGAGGGGUCCUGCCUGCGGACCAGGAACGGAAGCUCCCCCUGAGGGCCACCCAGAGGGCAGAGGUCCCCUUGAACUCCAAGACCGGCGUGACGUCCCGCUACGACGUCUCUUUCCGCCGUGCCACGUCGCAGGAGGAGACCUUCCUGUCCCAGGCCUCUGCGCCAGAGGCUGUGGACGCCCUGCUGCCUGUGGAAGGGAUGCCGGCCGGCUCGCUCACGGCCUUCGUGGUCCCCCAGAGCUCCCCGCUGCUGCCGCAGGAGGUGUCCGUGUACCUCGGCAAGCGCCGCAGCGCCGUGCUCAGGGCCCCCCAGGGCACGGGGGACACGCUGGGGGCCGUGUCGGCCCAGGUGCAGCAGCUGGCCCACGCCAUGUCCUUCUCCCCGGAGUCCAUCGCGGAGGCGCUGGCCGACCGGGUCCCGAUCGGCCAGCCGGGAGCGGAGUGGAAGCGCCCGUUCAAGUCCAGCUUGGGGUAUGAGAUCACCUUCAGCUUGCUGAACCCCGACCCGAAAUCCCACGACGUCCACUGGGACAUCGAGGGGGCCGUCCGGCGCUACGUCCAGCCCCUGCUGGACAAGCUGGGCUCCGUGGCGGAGUUCUCCGUGGACUCGCAAAUCCUCUAUUAUGCCAUGCUGGGGGUUACGCCCCGCUUUGACGCCGCUUCCUCCAGCUUCGUCCUGAGCGCACACAGCCUCCCGCACGUCAUUAACCCCGUGGAAGCCAGGCUGGGUUCCAGUGCCGCCUCGCUUUACCCCGUCCUCAACUUCCUCCUGUACGUGCCAGAGCGCUUGUACUCGCCCCUCCACAUCAAGGGGAAGGACGGGGCAGCCGUGCCCACCAACGCCUUCCACAGCCCCCGCUGGGGCGGGAUCAUGGUGUACAACGUUGAGCCCGAGGCGGCCAACGAGACCACCCUUCCCCGGCGGGUGGACGUCGACAUGGUGCACGUGAUGGGGGUCUUCCUGGCCCAGCUGCGGCUGCUCCUCGGGAUCUCUCCGGGGCCUCUGCCCGCCGGGGCGCUCCAGGGGGGCCCUGGGGGCGAGGGCCUCUCCGACUGGGAGCUGGACCGCCUGCUGUGGGCCCGGACGGUGGAGAACGUCGCCACGGUGUCCACCACCCUGACGUCACUGGCACAGCUGCUGGGCAAGAUCAGCAACAUCGUGAUCAAGGACGACGUGGCCUCGGAGGUGUACCGUGCCGUGGACGCGGCUCGGGAGGCGAUGCGACAGCUGGAGCGUGGCCACCUGGAUGCCGCCUUCCGGGCCAGCAAGGCCGCGGUGACCUCCUCGGAGCGGGCCUUCUUCGACCCCUCCCUCCUGCACCUCCUCUACUUCCCCGAUGACCAGAAGUUCGCCAUCUACAUCCCCCUCUUCCUCCCCAUGGCGGUCCCGAUCCUGCUCUCGCUGGCAAAGAUCCUCCGGGAGAGCAGGCAGAGCCGCAAAGCUCCCGUCAAAGUGGACUGAGCCCCCCUCGUCUCCUGCCGCUGGUGGAGGACAGCUGGCUCGUGCGGGAAGAACUGGGCCGGAGCGCCUCUGCCCCGAGACGGCAGUUUCGGCCUUUGCCGGACCUGGGAAGCGGGGCGGGGUGGUCGCUGCCGCCGGUCCUCUGCGGGGGUCCUCGCGAGGGGCUCCCCACGGGGGACGCGGGACUGUGGGGGCGGCAGCGCUCCUCGACCCUGAGGACAAUCGUGCCCACCCGGCCCAGCACUGUUCCCCGGCCCUCUGACACAGAGGCGUUUCCCAUCUAUGGGCCGCAUGUGAGAAUGCUGUGAUUUCACUCGUGUGAAGUUUUUGUGUCCCGCUGCUCCUCCUAACAGGCUGCUUGGAGAGCGGGGGGGGGGGGGGGGGGAGCUUCUAUGCUGCCAGGCAGAACAAGGCAGUCUCUGCCCACAGGUUUGCAAUCGAAAGGCAGCAUAAGAGGAAAAGCAGGUGGGGACGGAAGAGGAAAAAUGUUGCUUCCCUCUGGUUCCUAGUCCUCGGCAAGGAGUGGGGAAAGAAGCCUGUCUCUUUGGCUCGAGUUUUCCACAGAAGGGCUCGGUGGCAACAUGCCCCCCCCCCCCGAGGGCCAAAGCACGCUGUGGGUGUACAAUCAGAUUCUCCUCUGGGCACCUCCAACUCUCCAGCUCUGGGCAGAGCAAGGAGAAGCCAUUCAGGUGCCUCUCGGGGAGGACCAGGGUCUAAAAAUAAAACACUAAGGAACAUGCA